AUGUCUGGCAUUCGAAUUCGUCAACCCGUGGCCAAGCAUGGUCACAUGAGGUCAUUCUCGGAGGGUUCUUCCAAGAUCGAGGAGAUCGUGGACGGCUUGAUGAAAGAGUUCAAGCUGCUGAAGAAGGCCGAGAGCACUGGCAAUGCCCAGGGCAAGCCUUCAUUGACAAAGAACCUAGAGGAUCGUCAAACGGUUGACAAGGUCGAGGCGCUGAGGUCGCGCGUAUACGAACUCGUGAUGCAGUUGAGCGGCACCGCCGACUUGACGUCCCAGCAAGAGGUGGAGAUACUCAGUGGAGUGGUCGCGCGCAUGGAGCGUCGCCUGGCUGGGCAAUCAGCCGCUGAGGGAGUCUCCGAGCUCUCUUUGAACGAACUCAGUAUCGAGGAGAAGAAGCACGAUGAUUCAAGCGUCGCUUCAGACCCCACUAUAGCUUCUUUGGUCGAGACCCAUCGGAUCUGGAGGACCAAGAAAGGAAUAUGGGACUUGUGUAUGAGAUUGGAGGGCAAGAAGGCCAAAUACUUCCCAGACUGUGGACCCUUCGAGAUCAAGGUCCCAGAGGCCCUGAUGUACACGCAUUUCCUGGACAAAGCCAUGGAAAGCGACAUGCACGAGCUCGUCGAGGUGGGCACUGAAAUCAGUGUCAAAGGCCCGGAGGAGGGUCCUCCGGGCUCCUUAUUCUACAGAUUAUCGGUGUGGCUUACGGUGACGCCAGAUGAGAAUGACAUCACCCCGGCCGCUGCCAUGGCUCUCGUUCAGGUGUGGACGAGGCUUCUGACAUACUAUCGGUCUGUUCUUCUGGAUGAUGACACCGACCAGGUGCACAUAUACUUUGAGCAGCACACGGAGGAUGUGGCGAAUGCGAGUGCAAAGGCAUAUGUGACUUUGCGCGAGGAUCUGGCGUUUCUGGGCAAGUUCGAGACGGCGAGCGAUCAAGUUGGACAGCCCUGGGCAGAUAGCGAGUGA